GAAGCAAAAUCCUCAACGCUGCCUGUCAGAUGUCAAGCUGACCACGGCACGGUUUGUGCGUUAAAACAGCAUUUUAUUUCCCUAUCUUUCUACCUUUAAAUCCCUCCGCUGGUUGAACUUCAACAGUACUCAAAAUGAUGCAGUUUUUGGUCGGGUUCACCUUGGGUAACGUGGUGGGCAUGUACCUGGCACAAAACUACGAGGUUCCCAACGUCGCCAAGAAGUUGGAGGAGUUUAAGAAGGAUGUUGAGGCCAAGAAGAAGCCUCCAGAGUGAACUGCAGGACCCUGGUGGAGACACCUCCCCCCUCCCCUCCGGAGAGAGCGGCAGAACUCUAGAGCUCGGACGGAGGGUGCUCUGCUGACUGGUUGUGUGGGUGUGUGGGGGGGGUCGUGGGAUUGGGUGGUGUUUACCGGUGUUGCAGAACAAACAACAAACCGGUCAUCCUGGGGGGGUAUACUGAGAAGCUGGUUCAGUAGUAAACCAGGUUAAGUUAACCUUGUGGUAGAUGUAAACAGCGGUGUAGUCUACUUUUUUGAAGUGGGUAUACUGUAUGUUCGAGCAUUUUUUGAAGUGGGUAUACUGUAUAUAUUUAUGCUAUUCAAAAUAAUGGAUCGAUCAAUUUUAAGUGGGUAUACUGAAGCCCCUAAAAUUUAGAAGUGGGUAUACUCCGUAUACCUGCGUUCUACGUAGACUACACCACUGGAGGUAAAUCACCUAAUAGAGGCUGUAGUCCUAAUUUCCUUAAUUAGAUGAUGUCAGAAGGUACAUCUAUUAGCAGGUUUACCACUUCCUGUAGGUUAACGAAGCCUAGUUUAUCAUCUUAGUAUUAUCCCCCAGGACUCGGGAGAAGGGUGUACAUGCUCUGCUGACUGUGUGGGUGUGUUGGGGGGUUGUGGGAGUGGGUGGUGAUUGGGGGCUGGUGUUUCACGAUAACUGGUUUCUCCAACAAACUGGUUACCCAGAUUUCAGAACCAACAAUGAUCGGUUGUAAGUAGUAAAUGUCGCUCUUAAUUUAGAAGAGUUGCUCUUCUUGACCAAUCGCUGUUGUGUUCCUCACAUCUGGGUAACUACUUGUUUUGGGGACGUCAGAUAUCGUUUCGCACCGGUUGGGGUUGGCUGGAUGCCUGGCCAGUAUGCAGUGUGAGGGACCACAUCUUCCUAUUACCAAAAAAAGUUACAAAAAACGAUAAACAUUAUGUACAUAUAUACAUUAUGGAAACUACUUCAUUUUGAUUUGAAGUUCGAGUUUGACAGUGUUUCCUGUGCCGUAAGCGAGAGGCAUGGGAAACUACUUCCUGUGUCAACUGCUCUACCAGAGGAACUUCUCAUCUCGACCACAAGGUGGCAGCACUCACCACCAUUACAUUACUUUGCAUUUGGCAGACGCUUUUUUGCUGCUGCUGACUACCAAACUCAAUAGACAUGAACACUAGAUGCCGCGUUGAUCACUCCAUUGUCUUGGAACGACUGGCUGAAGUCAGAACGCCGGUAUAACGCUGACAUCAGUCGAUGACAAGACAAUACGCACAUUAUCCUGUAGGUGUUGGUAACACAACAUCUACGUAUGGGAAAACAUGGGAUACCGGCCCAAGACAUAGGCACCCAGGGUUGGGUCAUGUCAAAAGGCUAAAUGUGGCAUGUAGUGUUCAUUAUCUAUGAUCAUACUCCUCAACCUCAGCCCUGCCGUGGCUCAAACACUAGGGCGCUGCACUGUCAUGCCGGGGACCAGGGUUCGAUUCCCGCCCGAGGUCAUUUCCCAAUCCUCCCCUGUCUCUCUCUCUACCACUUGCAUCCUGUCAUCUCUCAAACUGUCCAAUCAAAAAUAAAAAAAAAUAAAACUCCUCAACCUCCCCGACCAAGAGGCCUACCAAGCGUAGACAUACUAGGUACGGGUUCGAUUCCAGCCUGAGGUCAUUUCCUGAUCCUCCCCCAUCUCUCGCUAACACUCGCUUCCUGUCAUCUCUCAAACUGUCCUAUCAAAAUUAAAGGUAGAAAACAACCCCCCCCAAAAAUAUUUAAAACUUCUCAACCUCCUUGAACAAGAGGCCUAACAGCGUAGACGUACCAGGAUCUAUGCACCCCAACUCCAGCAGCCACCCAACUGCUGCACUUCGGGACUGAUUUUUAUUAUAUAAACCUUUCUACAAGAAAUGCCUAUGUGCUUUGUUGGCACAGACGUGUGUGUGAGAGAGUAUGAGAGAGUCUGUUUUUGUUUUCUUUUGGUUUUGCUUUGUUUUUUUUGGAAGCACAAUUUAAUGCUGACCUUAAU